CACCCAGCCCAGCUGGAGCCCUUCCACCCUUGCCAUCAGCUGCACCUUUGCUUUUGCCACCUCUCCCCAGCUGAACGCUCUGCUUUGUGCCAGCCCAACCCGGGGCGCUCUGCUUGGCAUCACCUUUCUGCCUCCUUUUCCUGACCUGUCCUUUGGGUCGCGGCAAAACGAAGCCCCUGGCAGGCAGGAGGCUCCUGCAGAUGUUUCCAUGAGCAGGUCACAGCUCUCCUCUCUGGUUAAGCUCCACAGACACGUAUCUAAUUACAGCUUUGUGGCCGGCCCCGGGGUCCAGGGGGAGGAAAACCGCCGCCGGGAAGCGCUUCUGAACCAUUCGAGGGCAACCGCUUGGCGCUGAGGGUGCUGCCCGGGGCAGCGGGCAACAGGCGAGAUGCUGGCAGCACGGACGGGCACCAUGGGCAACAAAAACCCCGAGGAGAGCCUGAAGCUGAGGAAGCAGUCGGUGCUUUCCCUGGGGAGCAGGGAGAGAGCCCUGAAGAGCUCCUCGGAGAGCAGCAAGGAGAGCAGAGGCCGUGGCGGGCAGCCCCAGCAGCGUGCCCGGCGCCUGGCGCUGCUGCGGGAGCUGGAGAUGAACUGGUACCUGCGGGUGUGUGAGCUGUCCCACGAGUACACCAUCGCCUACACCACCGGCAUGCCGCACAGGAUUGUUUGGAGGAGGAGGAGGAGGAGAAUAGCAAUAAAAAUAACAGUAAGAACAUUAAUAAUAACAACAACAAUAAUAGCAACAACAACAAUAAUAGCAACAACAACAAUAUUCUGUUGUUUGGCCAUUCUGACUUUCCCUAUUAUUAGGAGGAUGAUGAUGAUGAUGAUGAUGAUGAUGAUGAUGAUGAUGAUGAUGGAGGAUGAUGAUGAUGAUGAUGAUAAUAAUGGCAAUAACAAUAAGAACAUUAAUAAUAACAACAACAAUAAUAGCAACAACAACAAUAUUCUGUUGUUUGGACUUUCUGACUUUCCCUAUUAUUAG